GUUUUGUUAUUUGUUCUUAGUUCUGGGUGUGUUGUGUUUCUUAUAGAGUCGAGUGUGUUGCUGUUUGAUUGCUUUUUUAUUUGUAAUAGAAUAAAUUGAAAGUUUGUUAAAAUGAGGAAGAAUAAAAGAAAACACUGUUGUAUCAUAGGUUGUGAGAAUGAAAACUAUAAAAAAGAUUCAAGUCACAUAGUUUUCUAUGCAUUUCCUAAAGACAUUGUUAGAAGAAGGGAAUGGGUAAGAUUUGCAGCUCCAGAAAUGCCUGGUGGUGAGCAAUGGGAGCCUUCAAAAAACUCAUGGAUAUGCAGUGCUCAUUUUGUUGGGGGCAAAAAGAACGAAAACCCAGAUCACAUUGACUAUGUGCCUCGUUUGCGCCCCACACCCAAAGAAAGAAAGAGAAGGGCUGGUUCCGAUCCAUUGCAGUUUAAUCCUAAAAUUGCCAAAUUCCAAGAUGCUGUCAACAUGGAUAAGGAUACAGAGCAACAAGUGGAGAAAAUCGAGCCACGGGGUGAAGGAGAUGCAAAGCGACCAGAGACACAUGAAGAGCAAUCACUGAAAGGUCUCAAAAACAUCGGAAACACUUGCUACAUGAAUGCAGCUUUGCAAGCGCUCUCCAAUACACCACCAUUCGCCAAAUACUUGCUCGAUUGCGGAGAGCAGCUGAUUCUAUGUUUAGAAAAUGAGAACCAUCCGAUGAAGCUGACCAGAGCUGUAUGUCAACUAUUGAAAUAUCUUCGGGACACCGAUGAGAAUGCAUACUUCCGACCAAGCCGAUUGUUACGCCCAGUCAGACAAGAGAAUCCGACUUUCCAAGUUGGUAACCAGCAAGACACUGCUGAGUUCUUGACGAUCUUGCUCAACCUAUUGCACCAGGAGCUGAAAACUUCAGUGCCCCAAGACACGGACAAAAGUAUCAUUUCCGAUUUAUUCGACGGCGAAAUCUACUCCUGUGUGCAGUGCUUAACGUGCAACAAGGCUCAUGAUAAGGCUUCAAAAGAUAGGACAUGGAUGUCUGAACAACAUGACACAUCUCGUGUAAUUUCUGUACAAAUACCGUCAUUGGAAGAUUUGAAGGUUAUUAGUGAAAUAGCCACAAAAUAUUCUACACUAGACAAUUGCAAAGAAAUGUUUCGUUUCACAAAGGGCUGGUUUGAUUGGAUGAGCAGUCUAAUACCCUUUAGACGCCGCUGUGUCAGCCUUCACAAUUGUUUGGAGGCAUUCUUUUGUGUUGGAGAACUGAAAGAUGAAAACAUGUAUCGGUGCAGGAAAUGCCACACUGCCCGUGAUGGGAUAACAUUUUCCAAAAUCAAGCAGUUACCCGAGGUACUGUGUAUCAACCUCAAGAGGUUUUUGCCGGAAUCAACAAAGAUAACUGAACAGGUUUCAUUUCCGAUCACUGAACUCGACAUGACACCUUAUGUUCAUUCUGAAUGCCUGUCGGAGAUUAAAACGUACGACCUUAUGGCAACUAUAUGCCAUAAAGGAAACAGUUUAAAUAGUGGACAUUACAUCUGUUAUGGGCUUCAUGAAGAAAAAAAAAUCUGGUUCGAGUAUGACGACCUACGUGUGACCAAGGUCACAGAAGAUAAGGUUGCUUCGUGUGAAGCAUACCUUCUAUUUUAUAGAAAACGUGACAGCCCUUCAACCCUUAAGAGAAGGGAGGGGGCCUUCCCAUUGUAUGCACUUUCAAAACUAUGGUUGAGCAAAUUAAAACAUUUCGUCGAGCCCGGUGCUGUUGAAAACGACGAUCUAGUCUGCUCGCAUGCCCCCUGCGUCUACAAAGACCAUAAGCAAAUGUCGGUACAAGUUUCGGCUUCUACAUGGGAAUCCAUUCUGCGAAAGUUUGGUGGUGGUCCCAUUUGCCCGCUAGAUUCUUUGGUCGAAUGCGAGAUGUGUGGAAGCAAAAUGAAAGACCAUCAGUCAGAGAGCAGCGAUUAUGAGUCUAGCCAUGAUAACUAUGGUAGCACUGAAUCCAUUGUUAGCGCCGAAGGAGACAUAUGAUCAAUAUUCGUAUUGAUCCUUGAAGGAGCUGAGUGACGUAAAUGCUUGCUGAAGUCACUACUGUACGCGAAAAUCUACUUUGAACAUAUGGAUGAUGUGUCAACUUUCUCUGCGACUUGAUGUACACGGAUCGGAGGCUGAAUUGUGCCCUCAAUGAGGAACAAGUGAGCGAAUCAGUUGAUUUGAGGUCCAUGUGAAGUUCAGAUAGAUGAGCCUCAUUCCACAACUACGAUUAAAUUAGGCUAGGACCACUUUUACUAUAGAAAUAAUGUCAAAUGUACCUGUCAUUUCCAUAGUUAUGAAGUAAGAAUAAUGAUAAAACAGUUCUCGAGUUUGCCAUUGUAUCGUUUGAAUUGAAGCGGCAAUAAUUAUUGAUCCUCAAAUUCUGAUCUUCAAAUUGAAUUUUGAAUUUUGUUUCCGAAUUAACUAUGAUAUGUUAAAUAUUAUUUCUUGUAUAAACUUUAGCUUAAAUGGUUUUUUAGUACUGCCUUUAGUACUGCAUAUACUGUAUUAUACCCAUAUCAUUCAAUAUAUGGGUAUAAUAAUAAGAUAAUGCGAAUAAAACUUAUUGAAUGAGCGUAUGGUAUAAGAUUAGCUCCUAGUUUAGAUGGCAUGUGUAUAUGCUACGAUAACAUUCGAACGCCUUGACAUCAACUUCUAAUUUUGAACACAUAAUCUCUAUUACAUUUGAGUCCAUUAACUACAUUGGGAAUUUAGGUUAGGAUACACAAUAAUAAGGUUGUAAAAAAUAUAAGAGUCUGCAAAUGGUUGAAGUGGAAUAUUAAAGGAGUAAACUAUAAAUAGGUUAUAAAAUUGUGCAAAAUUAAUAAUAAAGAUUAGACUGAACUAAAUUGAAUUUAAUUGAAUCUAUUGCCAAAAAUUGAUUUAAUUCCUCUAAUUCCAGUCCUAUCUAAUUUGUUUAAUAAUAUAUUGUGAGGUAUAGUAUCAAAAGCCUUUGUAACUAUGUU